UCUCCUCUAGAACUGACCGGUUUGAUCGCCUUGCAGUCCAGGGGACUCGCAGGAGUCUUCUCCAGCACCAUAGUUCAAAGGCCUCACUUCAUUGGCGCUCAGCCUUUCACAUUCUCCAGUUAGCCUAAAAUGCAGGCUGUCUUCCCAGCUCCUCAGCCCACCAAAACGUUAUCAGCUCAUCCUUGGGUUUCCACAAAGCAGUGUUAUUGUUAUGGCUAGCUGAGCUUGAGCUUUCAUCCCAACCCCCUCCUUCUGUACCUGAUUUCUAACUACCAGGAAAAGCAUGUUAAAAGAAAAGAGAAGAUGGCUGCAAUUUCAUCAGUUGUCAGAGCUAGAACAUCCAAUGUUUACAGCGUUGACAACUGAAAUAAACCAGCCUGCUUAGAAAAAGGCCAUCAGUCUGUUAUAUCACAUAGCAAUAAAAAUUUAAAAAUGCAAAAUUGGCGCGCGCGCACGCGUGCACACACACAAACCCACACACACACACACAGAGUUCUUGAACCAAAGGUGUUGAACUUCUUCAACUAUGGCUUCCUACUUUCUACUACCUUUUUAGAAGUUCUCGGAUUUUCUAUUAGAUUGCCUAAAUAGUUCAUUUCUGCCUGGAAGAUGUAGUAUGGCAGUGGGUGUGUGUUAUAAACAGUAAAAUCACUUAGUUUCGUUCCCAGUUGGAUUCCAAGUGUAGUGCAGGUCCUUGUGAAAUACCUGGGGAAAGGUUUUGCUCUGUAAUCUGGGAAUGGUUUGAUCCUGUUGGUCCUAAGUCUCGAUCCCACCUGCCUGGACAAUUUUCAUCCAGUUUCCCAUUUCCCCUUUUUAGGGAAGGUGGUAGAAAAGGUGCUUGCUUGGAGCUUCACAAGAUGCUGAAUGAUACAGAUUUCCUAGAUCCCUUUUAGCCAGGUUUCAGGCCCGGCUAUGAGACAGAGACCUCUCAGCAGCCUUCAAUACCAUCAACCAUGGUAUCCUUUUGGGCCAACUAUGGAGCUUAGGACUGGAUGGCAUAGUUCUGUGCUGGUUUAGCUCCUUUCUCCAAAGUCACUCCCAAUCAGUGUUGACAGGGAAUGAGAGAUCCAGCCCCUGGCUAUUCUCUUAAGGUGCAUCACAGGGCUCGGUACUCUCUCCACUCUUGUUUAACAUCUAUAUGAAGCUGCUGUGUGAGAUCAUUCAUCACCAUGGAUUGAGAUAUCAUCAAUAUGCUGAUGAUCCUCAACUAUACAUCUCCACAUCUUGUGGCCUGAGUGAUGCUGUUGCUACUCUCUCAUGAUGUCUGGAAGCUGCAGGGGCCUGGAUGGGGGACAAUAGGCUACAACUCAACCCUAGUAAGACUGAAUGGCUUUGGGUGCAUGGAGCCUCAGGAUCUGAGUGUUUGUCAUCCUUAGUUCAGGACAGGGUUGCACUACUCUAUUCACUUAGGGAUUCUUUUGGACUCGCGACUCCUGCUUGAAGAUCAGGUGAGUAGUUGUGACUAGGGGAGCCUUUGCACAGCUUUGGUUUGUACACCAGUUGCAGCCUUCCAUGAAUUAGGACUACCUGCCCUCAGUCACUCAAGCCCUAGUCAUCUUGUCUAAAUUAUUGCAAUGCACUUUAUGUGGGGCUACAUGGAAGCUUUCACUGGUACAAAAUGUGGCAGUACAAGAAGUCUUUGGAGGCCCAUAGAAUGACCCAUAUUACACCACUGCUUCGCAAACUGCAUUGGCUGCUUGUUUGCUUCCAGGUACAGUUCAACGUGCUGAUUAUGACCUUUAAAGCCCUCCCAUGGCAUAGGCCCAGACUACUUGAUGAACCAUCUCGUCCUGAUAAGACAACCCCGCCCUACUUGUGCCAGCAGAGGAGGCCUGCUGAGGACCCCAUCAGUCAAGGAACAACAGAGAAGUUUCAGAAGAACAGUCUUCUCUGCUGUAGCCCUGGCAUUCUGGAACAUCCUGCCCCCUGGAUGAGGUUUCUCCCCACUCUCCUAUCCUGUGCUUCCUGCUCCUUCUCCGUCCAUCUUUUUAAUUUCAUAUUAUUGUACUUUCAUUUUUUAUUUGUAUUGUUUAUUCCUUUGCUAUUGUUACAUUUAUAUUUUUAAUCUUUUUUCCAUUUUAUUGUUGUAAGCUGUUCAGAGUAGCCUCAUGGCAAGAUGGGCAGCAAUUUAACAAAUAAAUAAAUAAAAUAAAACUUGCUGGUAUUCUUUUAUAGCAAACUCAAACCUCAGGCCCAUAUAAACUACACUAACUGCUUGGUUAGUUCUCAAUUUAACAUAAUACCGAGAAUCAUGUUUUUGAAGAUUAAUUCACUAAAUUUUUCUAAUGUACCUUCUGUACAGCAUGUAGUGGAAUUGUCUGAUUCUCAGUGAUCCUUACAAUGCAAAACCAUUCUAACCAGUAACUAAACUUGAUCUUUCUCUAAUUUAUUUUUAGAUAACAUAUUAAAAAGUUAUGAAUAACUACAAUCAAAGUCUAAUUACAAUGGUUGAAAAUAGCUAUCCUGAGGAAUACCGAAUUUCAUCACUCGUCUUCUACAGCUUCAUUUUUACAAUUGGCUUAGUUGUAAACAUUACAGCUCUCUGGGUCUUCAGCUGUACCACCAAGAAGAAAACAACUAUAACUAUCUACAUGAUGAAUGUUGCGUUGCUUGACUUGUUGCUUAUAUUCUCCUUGCCUUUUCGAAUGCAUUAUUAUGGGAAACGCUCUUGGAUCUUUGGAGAUGUCUUCUGCCGGAUUCUUAGUGCUUUCACUAUUUUUUACCCCAGCAUUGCAAUAUGGCUGUUAGCUUUUAUAAGCAUUGAUAGAUGUCUGGCUGUCGUUCAACCCAAAUAUGCCAAGGAACUCAAGAACACAAAUAAAGCUCUGAUGGCUUGCAUAGGACUUUGGAUCUUAACGCUUGUGACAACUUCUCCACUGCUUUUCUUAUAUUCUGAUCCAGACAAAACUUCAAAUUUCACUACCUGCAUAAAGAUGAUGGAUAUUAUCUACCUAAAGGAAGUCAAUGUAUUAAAUUUUUCUCGGUUAAUUUUUUUUUUCUUGAUUCCCAUAUUUAAUAUGCUUGGUUGUUAUCUAGUCAUUAUUUAUAGUAUAAUUCGUGGAAGAACUUCCAAGCUGAAACCAAAGGCUAAAGAAAGAUCGAUCAGAAUCAUUGUAACACUAAUUAUCCAAGUGCUUUUAUGUUUUGUGCCUUUUCACAUUUGUUUUACAUUUCUGAUGCUCCAAAAUGGAGAAGCAAGUUACAACCCUUGGGGAGCAUUUACCACCUUCCUGAUGAAUCUCAGCACAUGUCUAGAUAUAAUCCUUUACUACCUAGUUUCUAAACAAUUUCAGGCCCGAGUUAUCAGUGUUAUGCUUUAUCGUAAUUAUCUUCGAAGUGUUCGAAGAAAAAGUAUACGAUCUGGUAGUGUGCAUUCAUUAAGUAAUAUUAACAGUGAGAUCAUAUAAAAUAAGUAAAGCAAUAUAAUAUACAUGCAUAAAGUAAAGCUUAGAAUAAACUCAAAUUUCUAAUAAAUGUAUUAUGUUUAAAAAAAGGAAAGAUUUUAUUAUUCUUUUGUUUUUUCUUUAAAAAAGAAAUUACUCUAGCUUGAAAUGCAUAAUCAUUUGUCUCUUUAAUGUUAAUAUGUUCUAUUUUCCUUCAUUAUUUAUUCUAGCAUUAUUUUUGAUAGAAUAACUUUGUAAUUUCUAUGAGUUGCACAAUUUAUUAAGAAGACAGAGCGAUACAACAAAAUGUUCAAAAUCACAUGAUUUCAAUAUUUGCAGUAUUGGGAGGGUGAUGGGAAUUUCACAUUUCUAAAUCAAGUGUUUCAUCUUUAAUAAAAUUUAAGUCUAGUGUGCAUCCCUUAAAGCAGAAUGAAAAGGUCUUCAAAUAUGCUAAUGAGUUUUAAAUUACUUCUGGGAAUAAUUUACAUGUUCCUUCAUUUGUCAAAAUAGGUGGCUAUCUCCUCAAAGCUAUGGUCAGAUUGAUUUAGUUUCCAGAAUAAAAGAUUCUUUAAGGUAAACAAUGCCUCAAAGUUCUUUUGAAUGGUUUCAUCUGUCGGAACCAUGACAUUAACCCCAAAACUGCAAUUUUUACCUAUCCACUCUGGGGUCCCGAGCUCCAGUCGCUGUCCCUAGAGUUGAGGGAUAGACCGACAAAGAUUCAGGGAAGAUUUUAACAUGGAAAAGGAAGGGGCACCCACCCCGGCAGUGGCUGCUGCCUCAGAGGAGGGAGUGCAGGCCAGCGUGCCAGCAGAGAAGGAAUCUUUUCAGGUCUCCCAGAUGGGGGCAAGACCCAAGAUGUGGGGACAACUGAUCUGGGUGUUGGACUGGACUUUAUCCAGUGGAGACUCCAGACACCUCGAGAUGGCCUUGCCACAAUCAAGUACUUUGAAGGCGGACGAGAUUGAGCUGCAAAGAGGGGCUUCUCACAAGUCGCGUUCCCCGGACUGAUGGAGAGCCACGAAAUCAACUAUCGCUGAGGACUUUGGUGAGUCGAAGUACCUGUCUGUAGUCUGUAGUCAAUCAGUGGAGAAGUUGGUGGAGAGAUUUGAGGAGCUAGAGAUGAGAAGUGGGGAACAACCCUCCUGUUCUCUAUACGCGAUCGAUCAUGAUGAUCGGCGAGGCAGCCACCAGCUCAUACCGAGGGGAAGCCCAGCCCCACCUGCUCAGGGUAAGUGGCUUCUUUGUCCACGAAGCCACCUACAAUAGCCUCCAGCCUCUUGGAGAGGGAAAGCCCCAGUCGCUGCUCCGGAAAUGGGAGCCUGGAUCGCUGUCGCCCCUCCAGAAGCCCAGAUCGCCGCCAGUGACACAAGAGCCCGAGCCGUCACCAGAAUAGCAAAGCCCAGACCGACGUGCCUACCAGCUGCUCAGUCCAAGGCCUCUACCGCAAUGGGGAAUGCCACAACCCCCACAGCUGGGAAGCCAACAGCUGCUGACGGUGCAACAACAGCACUGGGGGUAGCUACAGCCCCCGAAUGUGCAGCAGCAGCUGGGGACCUUGCAGCAACCAGGGAUAAUACAGCUGCCAGGAGGUGCGCAACCGUUGGGAACGCAGCAGUAGCAGUGGGGCUGGCCACCAAAUUAGUUGAUGCUGGGAGGGGGGAUAGGGAUGAGAGUCCAGCUAAUCAUAACAAUAAUAACCCAAGGACCCUGGGCCUAGAGCUGAUAGCGUUUUGGCGGACUGGAGAGCUGGGGAGGAAGCCCAAGCUUCAAGCAAAUUGGGGAAUGUGAUUUAUGACUGUUUAUUGCAGGUGGGAAUUGUACUUUGUUACUUUGUAUCCAGGGGAGGGGAAUUUAG